GGGUUCCUGGUUGUCUCCUACGAUGAUGGCGUACUACUCCCGCCCUUCGUACGCCGCCGAGACCCCUCCGCCAGCGAAUAUCGCUCAUCCCGUUCCUCACCAGUCCGUUGCGCCCUAUCUUCCCAAUGCGAGCACUCUCAGCAGCAUCCCCGCUCACCUCUCCACAUAUGAAGACGGCAAAAUCUACGCUCUGGUCAUUGAGCUCAUGGACCCAAUGACGAGAGAAGGAGCGUUGCUUGAGCUCAGCAAGAAGAGAGAGCAGUACGAUGACUUGGCCUUAGUAUUGUGGCAUUCCUUCGGUAUCAUGCCAGCCUUGCUGCAGGAAAUUGUCUCUGUAUACCCACUACUUUCGCCACCAAAUCUCACUGCUCAUGUCUCUAACCGAGUCUGCAAUGCUCUUGCCUUGCUGCAAUGUGUCGCCUCCCAUACGGACACACGUCAACUCUUCUUGAAUGCGCAUAUACCUCUUUUCCUAUAUCCAUUCUUGAAUACCACCUCCAAAACGCGCCCAUUCGAAUAUCUUCGGCUUACUUCUCUUGGUGUUAUUGGGGCACUUGUCAAGCAAAACGACAACAACACCGUCAUACAUUUUUUGUUAUCUACCGAAAUUAUCCCUCUUUGCCUGCGCAUCAUGGAAACUGGCUCCGAACUGUCGAAAACAGUGGCUAUUUUUAUCGUCCAAAAGAUCCUCCUCGACGAAACUGGCCUAACCUACAUAUGCCAUACCUACGAGCGCUUCUAUGCUGUUGGAACGGUUCUUAGCAACAUGGUCAGCCAACUUGUCGAGACCCAGGCUGUUCGACUGCUCAAACAUGUUGUUCGGUGUUACCUCCGCCUUAGCGACAAUUUACGGGCACGGGAGGCUUUGAGAGCUUGUCUACCAGAGCCUCUGAGGGAUCAAACCUUCAAUACCCUUCUCAAGGGAGACAUGGUGACGAAGAGAUGUUUGACGACCUUGCUUAACAAUCUGAAUGAA